AUGCCACUCUUCGCCUUAAUCUGGGGGGCGGCUUCACUUGUGGGGAUGACCCCGGAUCCAGACCCUAUAAGAGGGUUCGCUCUGGCUCUCCCGGUAGCACCACCACCUAUAAGAGGGUUCGAUAACUGCAAGGAAGAUCUCUUUGCCGUAAAUGACUACCAUCGCAGACAUAAGGUUUGUGAGCUUCACAGUAAAUCUACUAAAGCUCAUGUUGCCAACCAGAUAUUUCUGUUGUUUAGAACGGCGAGGUUCAUCAUCUUCUUGCUUGCUCCUUGCAGAUUUCAUCCCCUUUCCGAGUUUGACGAGGGCAAGCGGAGUUGUAGAAGGAGGCUUGCUGGGCAUAAUCGGCGUAGGAGGAAAACUCAACCAGACGAUGUUGGCUCGAGACUUGUGCUCCCUGGAGAUCGAGACAAUAAAAUUAAUGGACACUUGGAUAUCUUUAACUUGUUGGCUGCUGUGGCUCGUGCUCAAGAGAAAAGUGAUGGAAAAACUAUGAGUUGCUCUCUUUUACUGGACAAAGAACAGCUCCUUUAGAUUCUUAGCAAGAUAAAUUCACUGCCUUUCAGAAGAAUUCAGCUACCAAGGAAUAUUCAGUCAUU